GUUGCAACCAGAUUGCUAACAUCAAUCUUUUGGUGGUGGUCACUUCGUUGUCCACUGAAAAGUAAGGCAGUAUUGGCGCAGACCAAGGCAUGGUCAGAGUCCAGAUAGGUACUCCAAAAGGAGCGGCAGUCUUGUACACAACCACGCCAGCGGUAGCUGAUCACGAUGCGAUCAGGCUUGAGAUGCAGAGGGAGGACGCCAGGUGGCACAUCGGCGAUGACUGUGCCGAAAGUUAGUGCUAGCCAGAAACAGGUUGUGGUCUGUGCACAGUUGCAGUAGACGGUCCCCGUUAUCUGACCUGCGACCAACGAGUCCCCAUCGGCCACCUAAACGACUCUCUUCUGUGCCUAGAUGCCCGACCUGAGCAUUCAAGUCUCCGGCUAGUACUACAAUAUCUGUCGAACGCACUUUGUGGAGAAGAACAGUUAACUGGUGGUAAAACUCAUCCUUGAUUGCAUCCGAGCUGCAAUCUGUCGGGGCAUAGGCGGAGAUGACGAAAAGACAUAGUUUCUCACGCCAAUUUCUUCUCACUUCGAUGGAACUUUCUAAUCUAACAGCACAAAACCGACUGUUAAUGGGGAUCCAAUCGGUUAAUGUUGCCUCAGCUCUAGCGAUUAGUGUGACACCAAUGCCAGCAAGGUCAGACGAAGAUGCCACAGGGUUUCCGGAUAAAUGCACGCAAAACAAGCUUUUCGAAGCGACAGAUGAAGAGCGAAUUUUUAGUACUUCACUAUAGUCUUAAAUACGGAUCUUGGAUAGACAACAAACGUCGAUAUUAAGACAUAGCCAGCCCUAUCUGUUGUCCGACCUGCAUAAGUGUGCGAACGUUGAAGGCAGCCAAUUUGAAUGGUGCACGUAUUUUCAGAAAAACUGCUUGAGUACUCAUAUUUGGUGGUAGCAUACAAUUUUCAACCAGGCAGUGACUCGAGAACGUUUAGAUAGAACUGAGUUUCCACCAUAGGUGAGCUGCUGUAUAAGUCGAAAAAUAAGGAUACAUAAGGUGGGAAUAAAAGAAUGAGAAAAUGACGUAGCAAAUAUUAAUAAUAAUAAUGUGAAUUGUUUGACUGUGAAUCGAAGUGAGAAUAGAAUUUUCAGUAAAUAUCAUCACUUUCAUUUUAUUUGUGUGUGGGCUGUGAUGCUGCCCGGGUGCCCAAAACGAAGCAGGUGGUUUUCUUAGAGGGCCACAUCUCGAGCCUUUGACCUAAAGGUCUGAUCCACAAGGCAGUGGAGCAUCGUGAGGAGAUGCAUUCCCAUGGCAGCCGGUGACCAACGAUUGAUUCAUACGCUAUUUGUUCCCGCAGGAUACUAGAGCCCAUGUGCACCAUUGGUUUGGGAUCCGGUUGAAGCGCCGGACAUUCGCUUUUCGUUCUCUCAUUUUCGUAAACAACACCCCCGCCGUGAGAAGGCAAUGAGUGGGACUUCCCUAGCAGAGUCUGUAUACGCGUGGCCGUGUGAGAGUAUUUCGUGAGGGAGAGCGGACUCUCCCCACUCUCGGCCGUACCAGGGCAUUUGGGGGCAUGAUGGUAAUAUAAUUUAUUAGCAUUAAAUAAAACGUCACUCGGUAGUCUUACCACAUAAACUUCCUAAAACAUCUGGUUCAUAAAUAAAACGAGGAUUUUUUACAUAGAUAUGUACCAGGUGAGUUUUAAAGUCACUAGCAAUCAGCGUUCCAUGUUUCAAAUAAAUGAUUGCUUGUCAUGAGUAAAAAAUUAUCAGUCAACAUCAACCAACGAAUUUUUAGUGAGGAAAUAGCAGCUAUUUGCGGACAUUUCCGUUUCAACAAUGAUAAGUUUAAUUAUGAUAUUUAUAUAUGCUACUGAGAACUGUUCUGAGCCCUUAUUUUGAAAUUUAAUUCCGGUUUGUGUAGUAGGGUGAUGUAAACAUUUUUAUUCGGAAUAGCCAUGAGCUUAAAUGUGUGAUGUUUACAUCGAAUUGCAAACAAUAAUGGAUAUCCACUUAGUAUCGGUCCUUCAAUAGCCAUCUGCUUGCUGAUGCGACUUGAUAUUUUUACAGCAAAAGUGCAAAGGACACUGUCUUUGUAGUUAUUGCUUUGUCAUUUCCUUGAAGAGUUUACUACCAUAGUUAAGGUGUGGUAUUAGUUUCUAAAAAAACAUUUAUGCACCUAUCAUUUUAAAAAGUGGGAAAUAGCAUUAUUCUGAGCAGUGACCAAACGUAAUCUCACCACGUAUGUUUCUGUAUUUGCUCAGUGAUUUAAAUUCAGAUACAGAAGACAUAGUUUAUGAUUAUAGUUUGUUUUGAUUGCUGGGAUAUCCACCUGCUUUCUAGGAGGAUUGCAAUAAAAUUGAAAGUGCUAAAUGUACCGUGCUAAUGUGGUAUGGCAACUCAAACUCAUGUUGGUUUGGAAAUGUCAGCUGCAGUACAUAUUGGUGAACUUGCAUUUUUAAAGAUGGUUUUACAUGCUGCCAAGCAUCCAGAGAGUUCCGUCAAUGGUAUUCUUUUAAGUGAUCAAAACUGUGAUUCACAAAUAAUCAUUACUGACUAUAUUCCGCUAUUUCACAGUGUCAUAAAUUUGACACCAAUGCUGGAAACAGCUUUGUAUCAUGUAGACUCAUAUUGUGCAGCUAAAGGUCUUCAAAUAUGUGGUUAUUUCCAAGCAAAUGAAUACAUUAAUUGCAAUACCCCAACAAGUAUUGCAUGCAAAAUUGGUGAGAAGUUAGCUGAAAAAUGUGGCAACGUUUGUUUAUUGACUUUUAAAAAUGAUGCUUUGCAUCGGUUAACUGGAAACUACUUUACAGUAUUUUGCAAGUCAGAUUGGAAGUGGAAUGAUACAAAGUACACAUUUAAUCCCAAUGUUAAUAAAAAGUUAAAAGAAAUUCUACAUUUAAAAGUUCACCGUCAAAUUGUUGAUUUUGAUGAUCAUUUGAAUGAUGUUAAUUGUGAUUUUCUUAAUUUACAAUUAUCGAAAUCGUUAUGUGUAUAA